GUUUCUGGUUGGAGGUGGUCACAAUGCAACUCCGUUAUCCUGCCACUUUGGUACCAAGCCCUUGGCUUUUCUUGCCCGCGGCUUAAUGAGGAAGGUUCACUGCGUAAAACCUCGGCGGGCCUGGGUAUUCUCUUGCUGCUGGGAGGAAGCUUCUACUAUCACAGCCCAGCUUAUCUUUUCCAUCUUAGCAUGUGCUUGGAGACUCUUUUUCGAACGUUCUAAUGGCGGAACGUGGCGACAUCGCCGCAUGGAUUGGCGUUUGCCUUUCAUAACCUCCUCCCCUUCUCGUCGUAACUCCGGGAGCCUCAAUACACUCUGGCCUUGUCUUACGGUCUUCGGUGCUGUAAGAAACGCGCUUAGCAACGGUAUCGAGCGAAGGAAACGCUUCUGUGAUCCUUCGAUUGCAAGAGGCACGGUUUCAAUGUUUUAGGCACAUCUUCGCAGUGAUUGGCCGGUGAUAACAGGCCAGAGUACCGAACGAUGUGCUUUUGGAAGGUGGAGUAGUUUAAAGUGUCGCCUGUGGAAUCCAUGUGCAACCCCGGGCUACCGUACUGGCCUGGACCUCUGUAUUGCGCCUAUAUGAAGGGGAGU